UUUCCCAUGCUUUAAAUUCCUCUCCCUCCUAAAGUUUUAGCCAGCAUUAAAGCUACUUGCAUUUUUGAAGUAAUGCACUCACAGUUUCUAAGAGUUUGGGGAAAAGGGCUGAGAUAGACCAGAAGAUAUUACUCUAGUUAGGAAGAUACCUGCUCUUCAUCCUGGAAUCACCCUUGUUUGUGCAAGAUAAAGGAGACAUUUGCUGGGGUGCAUCUGAUUACCUGCUAUAAAUACUUUGAAGUAUCAACAAUGAACUCGAUGUUAACAUUACUUUUCUCUGGAGUAGUUGCCUGUUGUGCUCGCUCUGCGGGUGAACCAGUAUCCAGGUUACUCCUUGUGUCCUUUGAUGGCUUCAGGGCUGAUUACUUGGAAACCUAUAAACUUCCUCAUCUUCAGAAAUUCAUUGAGGAUGGUGUGCUUGUAAAACAAGUUACAAAUUCUUUUAUCACCAAGACUUUCCCAAACCAUUAUACCAUAGUGACAGGUUUAUAUGAAGAAAGUCAUGGCAUUGUGGCCAAUGACAUGUACGAUGCAGAUGCCAAGAAGAAGUUUUCACAGUUCAAUGAUUCUGAUCCCUUCUGGUGGAAUGAGGCAGUUCCAAUUUGGGUGACAAACCAACAGCAGGGAAAUGGAGCAAGUGCUGCUGCAAUGUGGCCUGGUACCGACGUAAAAAUUAAUGAUACAACCCCUCAGUUCUUCAUGAAGUACAACUUUUCAGUAACAUUUGAGGAGAGAGUGGAGAAAAUCAUUGCCUGGCUGAACAGCUCUAAUCCAAUAGUCAGUUUUGCUAUACUGUACUGGGAAGAACCGGAUGCAAGUGGACACAAAUAUGGGCCAGAUGACACUGAGAACAUGCGCAAGGUAUUAGAAGAAGUGGAUAAUCAUAUCGGUUUCCUUACCAAGAAAUUGAAGGCAUUAGGUUUGUGGGAUACUAUUAAUAUCAUAAUAACAAGUGAUCAUGGAAUGGCCUCCUGUUCAGCAAAGAAGCUGAUUGUCCUGGAUGACUGCAUUGGGCGCGACAACUACACUCUAAUAGACAAGAGUCCAGUUGCUGCAGUGCUGCCAAGACAGAACAAGGAAGAUGUGUAUAACUUACUGAAAAAAUGCAACAGUCACAUGAAAGUGUAUCUCAGAGAAGAAAUUCCAGACAGAUUUCAUUAUUGCCAUAAUAAGAGAAUCCAACCUAUAAUCCUGGUUGCAGACGAAGGCUGGACCAUUGUACAGAACGAGUCACUGUCAAAAUUAGGUGACCAUGGCUAUGACAAUGCUCUCCCAAGCAUGCAUCCAUUCCUGGCUGCUCAUGGACCUGCUUUUCAUCGGGGUUACAAGCAGAGCACAAUAAACAACGUUGAUAUUUACCCUAUGAUGUGCCACAUCCUGGGCCUGACACCGCUGCCCCACAAUGGCACUUUCAGUAACACCAAGUGCUUGCUUGCUGACCAGUGGUGCAUAAACCUUCCAGAAGCUAUUGGGAUAGUCAUUGGGGCUUUGAUGGUACUGACUACCUUCACCUGCAUUAUUAUAAUCUCCAAGAAUAGAGUAGCUCCUGCAAGGCCAUUUUCCCGACUUCAGUUACAGUAUGAUGAUGAUGACCCUUUAAUUGGAUAGCGUUAGGGAGCCUCGUCUCGCUUGCUAAAUACGGAUUUCAGGAAGAGAGUUUGCACUUGCACUGGAUGGCAUUCUUUGCACUUUAAUGGUAUAUGUAUAAAACACUGUACAGCCAGAUCUUGCUAACUUGUUUGUAUGUGCUACCUGACUAGUAAUCUUGUAAAACAUGAGCCAACAAAACAAUGAGCAGGUGUCAUUCUGCUUGAAGAGAUGCUUAACAAAAUAAGGAUGCUUAGUUUGUCAAACCCUUUGACCACUUCUAAAAUGAAAUCCCAGAGUAUGAACUAGCCAGGAUAUAGACUAAGUGGAUUUUUAACACUUGUAAAUGUGGGAUAAUAAUUUGAUAAUUAAUGGGGGUUUUGUAUUAGAUUUAAAUUAAUGUUAACUUUUAGUGUUCUUGUACAUGUUUUGGAAAGAUGUUUUUUAUGAGAGUUAAAAGUUACUUCUGUUUGGACAGCAUGUCCUGAUUUGUUCUUGAAUUUGGGCAUAGAAGGCAUAGAGAAGAUCCCAAUACUUCUGUCUCCCUAAGACAGCAAUAUGACAAGAAACUGGUGAGAAGGAAAAUGGAAGUCAGCAGGAAAAGAAUUGGUGCAUAUCACUUCUACUUUGAGCAAUAAAGUGUGUGGUUCAGCAGUUAUAACACUGCGCAGAUGGCUCUUGACAUUUCCAGAUGUAUGCCUGUGGAUAACUUAGUUCCUGCACAGCUCCAGUUAGGAUGGUACCACUUUGCUUAUCUCAAAGAUAUCAGUUUAAACUGAGAAUCCUUCAAUGACCCAGUUUUGGGGCUGUAGGGGAAAAUUGCUGCUUCUAAAUGCUGUGAGAAGUUUUUCAGGUAUAAACUCUGCUAAAGGUAUUUUUGUAAUAGAGGUGGUUUUGCCCUGUGUACCAGCUGGUAAUAAUCUUUUGAAGGCUGUCAUGUGCUAAAAAGCAACAACUGGAAGUUUGAUAUGCAAUCAUCAAGCAAGGAUUCUAAACUCUUAUUUUAAACCUUGGAAAUUUAAAGGGAAAAAUUCGUUUAGUUUUUGACAUAAGAUCUGUUAGCUGUAGUGUCUGAACUGUAUAGAUGCAAAGUUCUAGUGCAGACCAGGGUCUAGUGUUCUCUUUAUUUGAACUCUUGAUUCCUUGUUAAUGGGCAAGUCUAGUAACUUGCCAUAAGAGGAAUUGAUUUAGAAAGCCUUAGUGGUACCUUAUCUUUUAGUGAGCAAAGCAGGUGGAUUAAAUUGUUAAUGCUAUCCCCAAAAGAGAACUAUAGUUACCAAGUGCUUUUCCUAUAAGUUUGACAGUUGAAAAACUAAUUAAUUUGAAGUGACAGCACUUGGGUACCUGGUAGCAUGCAGCAUGGUUUCAUGUUUGCAGGCUCAGGUUCAAUGCAGUUUGGUAUUAGCCACAGACUCCCUUUUCUCUGACUUAGGAGGGAAGGGUUACUUUUAACUGCCCACUUCAAAACUCAGAUGUAUUUGGGGUUUUUUAAAUUGUGGAAGUCUUACUUAUUUGUAUCUUCCGCCCUGAGGAUCCUGUUGUACUGAUUAAAAACACAAUGCACAAGCUAACCUGUUCUGUUUUCUUUUUCCUUCCUCUUAAACUGGUAGCUCCUACUUGCUGACUAAUGCUUUACUCUGAAUUUAUCUGAAUUUAAGAGAAGUUCAGGCCCCUUCAGAAAUCAAUACUAUUACUGACAGUGUAGUGGGCUUUAGACUGUUAGAACAGUAACAGGACUGAAUACAGAAGUCACUUUCUCAUCCUGCUGGAAGAUUUAAAGUAAUUAAUUGCAUACAAUAAGAGGUUAGGUUAAGGAGUAACUACAAAUGAAUGUUUUACAGCAUCUCAGGCUUAGAGAUACUGCAAAAGGGAGGAUGCUUGAGUUCCUUGGAGAAAGUUGUUAGCUUCUUAUUUUGCUUAAGCUUUUCAUCAUCUGCACAUAGAAAUGCUUGACUCAACUGAGUUAUCUUUUUGGCAGACUCAGUAAAAGACUAAACUGUUCUCUACCUGUCAGAAGGGUUAUUUUUAGAUGCUAAAAUUAGCACAGUAUAUGCUCUUCUCUGUUCUUCCCUUCCUCCUCUUUCCCUGAAUAGCUGUCAUGCAGUGUGACUGAUGCGCUUUCAGUUCCACUGUCCAUCACUGUUACGGGCCAGGUGUCACAGUUACCACCAGAAUUUUAGUUACCAGAAAUGUAAAUGUUGAUGAAAUAUAGUGGUAGGACUCUAAUCUGAAUAGGAAUAUUGUUGGAGAGGAAGAAAUCUAGAACUGUAUUUUUCUUCCUAGCUGUAGGUAUCCCAUUCUGACAAGAAGAGCUCCUAUCAAACCAGGCAGUGAGUGGUAGUAUCUAACAGAGACACUUCUUACUCUCUACUCCCCUUUAGUGUUGAAACUAAACAAUGGUAUUGUGGAGAAGGGUUUAAAGAGAAAGCUGAAGUAUUAAGAAAUAGAAUAAACUAUAUUCUGAUUGCAUUGCUAGUUACCAUCAAUUCCAAUUAGAGUGCUGAGUCUUCUUCCUGGCAUUACUCUUUGCUGCUGGCAGGACAGGCUUCAAAGUAGCUCUUCUACAGCCAGAAUUUCAUACAGAUAAUGUACAAAUAAAGGAUCUAGAAGAAACCUCUUUGUCCUUAGACACAAAGUUGAAAUAUUUAAAGAAGACUUUGUAAAAGUUAGUGCCUACAACAUGGUUCAAUAUUUCCACUGUCCAAUUACAGUGUGUGUGAAUUACUGCUUGUGAAAGUCAGCACCUGAUUUCCUUCUGAAUAGUUUAUUUAAAACAAAAACAUAAGAAGCCAUGACUUCCCCCUUCGUCAAAGCUGUGACAGAGACCAUACAUACCCUACAAUGGUUUGUGGCAACAUUUAAUGACUUGUGAAAUAUACACAACUCUGCAGUGUUCAUACAGGGCAUAUCAGUUUAGGGGAAGUUCUAAAACUUGCAUAGAGGUUUAGAAGGGAA